UACAGUCCGUGUAUAUAAACGAUAUUUCUAAACAGGUUAUCAAACUUUCGGAAUACACAUUUGAGACAUCAUUAUGAUUCUCUAUACGACUAUAUUGCUGAUUUUCUUUACGGGAAACACUUGUGCAGAAACAACGCCAGGAAAGGACUGCGCACCUGCUGUUACUUUUUCUGGAGAAGCAGCGACUAAAGUCGUUGAGUUGCUCUCUGACAAUUGUGCAUGCAAAACAGCCAAAGAAGAUGAUGAUGAUGAACCCCAAUCCUCAUGCACAGUAAAAAGACCAACUGACUGUGGUGACCUUGACAAAUCAACUUGUAAAAGUGGAAUUUACAAGAUUUUUCCAGAUGAAACUUCUGGUUUCAAAGUUUUCUGUGAAAUGAAGAAACAUGGCGGGGGCUGGACUGUUUUUCAACGUAGAAUGAACGGAAAGACACAAUUCUAUAGAGACUGGGACUCUUAUAAGCGAGGAUUUGGUAACCAGAAUGAAGAAUUUUGGUUGGGUAACGACCAUCUGCACCACCUUACUUCUCAAGGAAAAUACAAACUGAGGAUUGAUAUGGAAGACUUUGAAAACAACCGGAAGUAUGCCCUGUAUGAGAAGUUCGGUGUUGGUAACGAAAGUUCUGGUUAUAUUUUGGAUGUUAGUGGUUAUUCUGGUGAUGCAGGAGAUGCCAUGGAAUUUCACAAUGGGCAGAAAUUCUCAACAAAAGAUAGAGAUAACGAUCCUUGGGGCAAGUCAUGCGCAGUGGAAUACAAAGGAGGUUGGUGGUAUAAUGCAUGUCACUACAGCAACCUGAAUGGUCUCUAUCUGAAAGGGAAACACAAAUCAUUUGCUGAUGGAGUCAAUUGGAGACUAUGGAAGGGCGAUCACUACUCACUGAAAGAAACAAUCAUGAUGAUUCGCAAAGCCUAGAUGGAUGCAUCUCAUUGAUGGACAAUAAAUAAUACAAACUUUCA